AUGGCCGCGCAGGUGCCCCUGUGGCCCCACUACCUGCAGGCCAUCCGCUCGCGAGCGGCGCCCCGGGCCCAGGACUUCCAGCGCGCGGAGGAUGUGCUGCUGGCCCUGCUGGAGCGCGUGCACGCCCGCGACCCCCGCUUCCUGGUGGACUACUCCCGGGACCUGGAGGCCGCGCAGUUCGCCCUGCGCUCCUCGGACGACCCCGUGGACGUGGAGGUGCCCCUGAGGGUGGACGCCGGAGCCCUCCUGAGUGAGGAGCUGGGGGCCGCCGAGCCCGGGGACGGUGGCCCUGCGUCCUGCCGCCUGGGCGUCCCCAGGGAAGCGGCCGGCCUGGGGCAGUGGUUGACGGACGACGUCUUCACCGCCUCCUCGGACGGCAGCGCCAAGGGCUGCGGCCACAUUGUGCCCGGCAAGGUCCUCCGCCUCCUCAGGGACCUUCUCGUGGCUGCCAUCAUGCACUGCAAGCUCCACGGCCUCAUCGCGCCAGGGGCUCUGAACACAGACAGCCUGAGGGAGGAGGAGCUGCACCUGUCCCUGCUGGUGUCCAGCGGCUGGAGGGCCAUCCGCUUCCACGUGGUGCCGGUGGUGCGGUGGAAGCACAGGCUGCCCGCCCUGGAGGGCGCCCAGCGGGUGCCCGGCUUCCCUGAAGGCAGCUUGGAAAGGAUCAUCAGCCAGGAGGUGGCCCUGGUGCCCGCCAGCGCCCAGCUCUGGAGGGUCUCCACGGACUACCUGCUCUCCCGGCUGCUGAGCGCGCUGGGCUCCCUGCCUGGCCACCGCCUGGACAGCCUCUCCGUCCUGGACCGGGUCAACUGGGAGAGCUGGCGCAAUGGGGGCCAGAGCCCCGGCCUGACCUUCGGCCACCUCAAGACAGUGCUGCUCUGGGCCUCCGCGCUCUUCCCCGCGCCCGAGGACUGGGCCGAGCUGCAGGGCGCGGUGUACCGGCUGCUGGUGGUGCUGCUGUGCUGCCUGGCUACGCAGAACCUGCCGCACUUCCUGCACCCCGAGCGCAACCUGCUGCAGGGCUCCGGCCUGGACCUGGGCGCCCUCUACCGGCGCGUGGAGCGCUUUGCCAGCCAGCCCGAGGCGUCCCUGCGCAUCCACGCCACCCACCUGGGCCGCAGCCCCCCGCCCCGCGUCGGCCACGGCAUCAAGGCUCUCCUGCAGCUGCCGGCCAGCGACCCCGCCUACUGGGCCACCGCCUACUUCGACGUCCUGCUGGACAAGUUCCAGGUCUUCCACAUCCAGGACCAGGACCGACUCGCGGCCAUGCAGCGCAUCUUCCGGAAGACCAAGGCCCUGGGCGGCGAGGCCAGCUGA